AUGGGUAGAAGAGGAAGACAAAGAAAAGUCAUUCACGACGAAGACGACGAUUUAGAUCAUGCUUAUGAUGAAUUGCCUUCCAGAAGAGCCACUAAAACGGUUUCUUAUAAAGAAACAGACGAAGAUGAGGAUGUGGAUGAAGAGUUGGACGGUAUAAAGGGUUUACCUGAUGGUACUGUACUGCAAGAUAAUGGUAUGCAAGCUACAGAAUUAAAUAAUGAGGAGGCGUUGGAUGAUGAUGCAUAUGGUGAAGAAGGUCAAGAUGAUUUCCCCAAACUGAGAGGAAGAAGAGGCCGUAGAAAAAGAUCACAUAUCGAGUCAGACGAUGAUGAAUUUAAAGAGGAUCAAGUUGAAGAAUCUGAAGAUGAAGAUCUUGUUCUAUCCGCUGACGAUGAGGAGUUUAUAGAAAGGAAACGAACUGACAAUUUUAUUGUGAAGGAUGAUAAUGAAUGGGGCGAAGACGACGAAGAAGAUGAUGGCGAAUAUGGUGUAAAGCCGAAAAAGCGGAAAACCAGUAGAACUCGAAGGACUAAAUCCACCUCAAAUUCAACUGGUUCUAGAAGAGCAACCAGGUCUGGUAGAGUUCUCGACGAUCCUGAUACCACACUCGCCGAUGGUACUGUGGAGUCUGAAGGAGAAUUAGAUAUUCAAAAAGAAAUAGCUGAAUUAUAUGACUCCUCUCCUAUCCAUGGAGAUGUUGAACAACCACACAAAUUGCGUCAACGUACAAAAGUGGACUAUACUAUUCCUCCUCCAAUAACAGCUGAUUUUCAAUUGGAACGCGAGUUUAGGCCAGCGACUCCCACAAACGUUAGAAGCAGAAGAGGAAGAACCGGUGCUCCCAAAAGCGAGUUUAGAAAAAUCUUAUAUCCAACAGCGGGUCCUUUUGGUGGAAGUGACGUGAUUUCGUUGUUUGGCAAGAACAUACCGCCUGGUGGGAUUCCUAUUCCGGGUAUGACAGGUGCACCAAAUAUGACCGCUAUUGGUCAGAAUUUUAGUGACUCUGAUAGUUCUGAGGACGAAAUUGCACCAAUAAACGGCGAGGCCACGAUAAGUAAGAAGCAACCAAAAGCUAAAAAACAGAACAUAGGUGGACCCAAAUUGAUUACUGGUGGUUCUGAUGACAGUAGUGGCAAGAAAAAGAAAAGCACCCUCAGUGAUACAGAUCCUUUAGGUGUUGAUAUGAAUAUUGAUUUUUCAGUAGUUGGUGGUCUUGAUAAUUAUAUAAAUCAAUUGAAAGAAAUGGUUGCUUUGCCGUUGUUAUAUCCAGAAUUAUAUCAAAACUUUGCUAUUACACCACCUAGAGGUGUUCUUUUCCAUGGUCCACCAGGUACUGGUAAGACUUUGAUGGCACGUGCAUUAGCUGCAAGUUGUUCCACUUCAGAAAGAAAAAUUACAUUUUUUAUGAGAAAAGGUGCUGAUUGUUUGAGUAAAUGGGUGGGUGAAGCUGAAAGACAAUUGCGAUUAUUGUUUGAAGAAGCUAAGAAUCAGCAGCCUUCGAUUAUAUUUUUUGAUGAAAUUGAUGGGUUAGCACCAGUGAGAUCUUCAAAACAAGAACAAAUUCAUGCAAGUAUAGUGUCUACUUUGUUAGCUCUAAUGGACGGGAUGGAUAAUAGAGGUCAAGUCAUAGUGAUUGGAGCCACUAACAGGCCUGAUGCAAUUGAUCCGGCAUUAAGAAGACCUGGUAGAUUUGAUCGUGAGUUUUAUUUCCCAUUGCCAGACUUGGGAUCUAGAAAAGAGAUUUUGAAAAUUCACACAAGAAAAUGGAAUCCGCAAUUGCCAGAUAUAUUUUUGGACCGACUUGCUCAAUUAACAAAAGGGUAUGGUGGGGCAGAUUUACGUGCAUUAUGUACGGAAGCAGCCCUAAAUAGUAUACAACGGAAGUAUCCUCAGAUUUAUGGUACCAAUGAGAAAUUAAAAGUAAACCCAUCGAAAGUAAAGGUUGUUGCAAAAGAUUUUAUGAAAGCGAUUGAGAAAAUAGUUCCAUCUAGCGCAAGAUCCACAUCUUCGGGAUCAGCACCUUUGUCAGAACACUUGAAACCGUUGUUGCAAUCCGAAUACCAGGAGAUCAUAGAAAAGUUGAAUCAGCUCUUGCCUAACACAGUGGGGUUGGAUGGGAAAAAGAAGUUCACUGCUCUUGAUGAAGCGAAAUAUCUUGAUCCAACAAUUAACGAUGAAGACGGAGGGUUUGCCAAGCAACAAUUGCUUAAGAAUCUAGAAAAUUCCAGGAUUUGCAGACCACACUUGUUGAUAAGCGGUAAUGAAGGUAAUGGACAGCAAUAUCUUAGUGCUGCAGUUCUAAAUCAUUUGGAAGGAUUUCAAGUGCAGUCUUUGGAUUUAGGAACUAUGUUUGGCGAACCAACUAGAACACCAGAGCUGACAAUCGUUCAGGCUUUUAUUGAAGCCAGACGACACCAACCUGCGAUUUUAUUUAUUCCUAAUAUUGACAUUUGGUUUAACGUGUUGCCCGACCCCGCAAGGGCCACAUUAACUAGUUUAUUGCGUGGAUUGAAAAGUAACGAAAAAGUGCUUUUGUUAGGGAUUUCUGAGACACCAAUAGAAGACUUAUCACAUGAAAUAAAAUUAGUGUUUGGAUUUCAAAGCGCCACUAAUAAUGUAAUAUUACACAAUCCACAACGGUCAGACAGAACUGAGUAUUUUGCAACCUUGAAGAAAACUCUUUUGAUGAAGCCUUAUGAGUUUGUCAACGAUUUAGAGAAUAGACCCAAAAGAAAAUUAAAGGAAUUGAAAGUGGUUCAGAAUAGUGUUGAUAUGUCAAAUGAUGAAUUAAACAAGAAGAAAUUAAAAGAGCAAGAAUAUAAGGACACCAAAUUGAAAAAUGUGUUGAAACUAAAACUUGCUGGGCUAAUGGAUUUGUUUAAAGUUAGAUACAAAAAGUUCAGGAAACCAAUUAUAGAUGAGAAUUUGUUAGCCCAUUUGUUUGAACCAUCCAUUUUGGAGAAUAACCCAUUUAACAAUUAUGUGGUUCAGUAUGUAAGAUCAGAAGACCCGGCACACCCGAAUAUGAUCCAAGAGUUGGCCACAGGGAAAUACUACUACAACAUGGAUUUGGAUUUAAUUGAAGAGAGAUUAUGGAAUGGAUACUACAGUGAGCCAAAACAGUUCCUAAAAGAUUUGAAGAUGAUUGUAAAAGAUUGCAUUGUUUCGGGAGAUAGAGAAAGAAUAUUGAAAGCUAACGAGAUGAUGACCAAUGCACAGUUUGGUGUAGAUGAUUUUUCUACCCCAGAGUUUUUGCAAGCAUGUAAAGAAGUCAGAGAGAGAGAUUUGUUGAAACAACAAAAGCUUUUGGAAGAACAUAAGAAGUUGCAGGAAGAAUGGAAUAAGAAGCAAGAAGAAUUACAAGCUCAGCAAGAAGAGCAACAACAGCAAUCAGCGGAUGCUCCAAAUGGUGUAUUGCCAGUUUCAGAGCUUAUGAAUGGCACAACUGAUAAUCCAAUCCUGACCAAUCCAGAAGCAGUUGACGAAAAUAAAGAACCAGUUCUUGAAAAUACUACGGAAAAUAUCAUAGAAGGUGAACAGAAGGUGAUCUCUAAAGAAGCUAAGGUGGAAAUGCAGGAGAAUGAGACAAAUGUAGAAAAAGAUACUAAUGGGAAAGACAUUUCCUUGUCAUUGGACAAUGUGGAUGAAUCUGAAUCUGAAUCCGAAUCCGAAUCCGAAGCGGAAGAAGAGCUUAAUAUUGAUUCAACAAGAGAAGUUGAAAUUGAUUUACAAGAAUUAGAUUCAAUUACAACAGAGCUUCUUGACAUAACUGAAGACUACAACGUCGAAAGACUAGAGGUUUGUAUGGCCAGACUUAUGGAUAUAAUUUGGAAAGAUCGUAAUAAUUGGAAUAAGUUUGGUACUUUGGAAAAUUUGAAACAAACAAUCAAAUCUCUUGAAAUCACUUUAUAG